GUGAUCCAAUAGGCUAUUGUCAAUGAAAACUAGAUGCAUAAGUUGGACUUGACAGGGUUCCAGAAAAUCUCUCGAUAUACCGUCAGUCGCCACUGGAAGUAAACUGCACACACGCAGUCUGCAAACUCGAUGGACGUUGAAACGAUGGAAUCGGUUGCCGUCGUGGCGGUGCCGUUCCCGGCGCAGGGCCACCUGAACGGGAUGCUGCACCUGUCGCUGCUGCUCGCGUCGCGGGGGCUCCCCGUGCACUACGCGGCGCCCGGGACGCACGUCCGCCAGGCACGCGCGCGCGUGCACAGCUGGGACCCGGAGGCGCUCCGCUCCAUCGAGUUCCACGACCUCGAGGUCACCCAGUACGCCUCUCCACCCCCGAACCCGACCGCGCCCUCGCCCUUCCCGUCCCACCUCAUGCCGAUGUUCGAGACCUUCAUCGCCGCCGCGCGCGCCCCGCUCGCGGGCCUCCUCGAGCGGCUCUCGGCGACACAUCGCCGUGUGGUCGUCGUGUUCGACCGGUUGAGUUCCUUCGCCGCAGCGGAGGCGGCGCGGCUGAGUAACGGCGAGGCGCUCGGGUUCCAGUGCGUGGCAGUCUCGUACAACAUCGGGUGGGUGGACCCCGGGCACCAGCUCCUGCGUGACCACGGCCUCCAGUUCCUCCCUGUCGAAGCCUGCAUGUCCAAGGAGUUCGUGGAGUACAUCGUCCGGGCGGAGCAGGACGAGAAGGGCGCACCCGUCGCCGGCGUGGUCAUGAACACGUGCCGCGUGCUCGAGGGCGAGUUCAUCGACGUGGUCGCCGCGCACCCAGAGUUCCAUGGCCAGAAGUUCUUCGAGGUUGGGCCGUUGAACCCGCUGCUCGAUGCGGACGCCCGAACGCCGGGGCAGCCGCUGCACGAGUGCCUGGAGUGGCUCGACAAGCAGUCGCCCGCGUCUGUGCUCUACGUCUCCUUCGGCACGACGUCGUCUCUCCGCGCGGAGCAGAUAGCCGAGCUCGCCGCGGCACUGAAGGGCAGCAAGCAACGUUUCAUUUGGGUGCUGCGCGACGCCGACCGCGCCGACAUAUUCGCCGAGUCCGGCGAGAGCCGGCACGCGAAGUUCCUGUCCCAGUUCACAAAAGAAAUCGAGGGGACGGGGCUGGUGAUCACCGGGUGGGCGCCGCAGCUGGAGAUCCUGGCGCACAGCGCCACGGCGGCGUUCAUGAGCCACUGCGGCUGGAACUCGACCAUGGAGAGCCUGAGCCACGGGAAGCCGGUGCUGGCCUGGCCAAUGCACUCUGACCAGCCAUGGGACUCGGAGCUUCUCUGCAAGUACCUCAAAGCCGGCCUCCUCGUGCGUCCCUGGGAGAAGCACAGUGAAGUGAUUCCGGCGGAGGCCAUUCAAAAGGUCAUCGAGGAGGCAAUGAUGUCUGACCGCGGAAUGGCAGUGCGGCAGCGGGCCAAGGAGCUCGGGGAGGCCGUCCGCGCCUCCGUGGCAGACGGCGGGACAUCACGUAAGGGCCUGGACGACUUCAUUGGGUACAUCACGAGGUGAACGACGCAUGCAUGAUGCCAUGUAGGAAUUGAAGACUCUUCUUGUGCUUUGAGCGGUUGAUUUGAUCAUUUUGAAUUUUUUUUCAUAGAAAAAAGAGCAUCUUGUACUGCAAAACUAUACGAAUAUGUUGUAUCAGAUACUAUACAGAAGCUUCUGGGCACUU